CUAUGUUGGCACUUCUGUAUCUGAUCGCUCAUUUGGACCGAGCCAACAUUGGCAAUGCAAAGAUUGAGGGUCUUGAGGCUAGUCUUAACAUGACCGGCACCGACUACAAUGUCGCUCUGGCAAUCUUCUUCGUGCCGUACAUUCUUUGUGAGGUUCCUUCGAAUCAGAUCCUCGUCAGGUGUAAGCCAUCCUACUAUAUCGGCACUCUGGUACUGGCUUGGGGCACAGUCAUGACAUUGACUGGAGUCGUACAAUCUUUCGGCGGCCUGGUGGCAACACGGUUCUUUCUGGGUCUCUUCGAAGCAGGCUUUUUCCCAGGAGCGAUAUUCCUCAUUGCACAAUGGUACCCGCCGAACAAAACUCAGACUCGAAUGGCCAUGUUCUACUGUGCAUCUGCAUUGUCAGGGGCUUUCUCUGGCUUACUGGCAUUUGCCAUUGCCAAGAUGAACGGGCUGGGUGGGUAUGAAGGGUGGCGAUGGAUAUUCAUCGUCGAGGGGCUUGCAUCGGUUGUCAUUGGCGCUGCAUGCUUCUUCUUACUCCCUGAUAGUCCUUCCGAGUCUCGAUGGCUACGACCUGAUGAAGCAAGAUUUCUCAACGCCAUCCACAUCCUUCACCGAGGCCGCAAAGCCAAGGCGGAAUAUAUUGAAGGCACCAACAAAACCAAACGCAUCAAUUGGCAUGUGCUCAAGCAAGUCCUGACCGACUGGCAGUUAUAUCUCCAGGCUUUGGUUUUCAUGUCCAACGCCGUGCCUAAUUACGGGUUGAAAUUCACCAUGCCACAAAUCAUCCGUAACAUGGGCUUCACUGCGUCUAAUGCACAACUUCUCACAGCCCCUCCUUAUACUAUGGGUGCAAUAUCAGCACUGAUUUCCGCCUUACUUGCCGACCGCUAUACAUGGCGAAUGCCAUUCAUUGUCGGCGCGCAGACACUGCUGAUCGUGGCUUACACUAUCCUCUUUAUCAAAGCCGAGGAUAUUGCCGACAACGUCCCUCUAUGCUACUUUGCCGUGUUUGUGGCCUGUUGCGGUGUCUAUCCCAUCCUACCCGGGUGUAAUGCAUGGACCAUCAACAACUUGGCAGGUCCCGCGAAGCGAGCACAAGGAAUCGCCUGGAUGAUUGCAAUGGGCAACUGCGGUGGAAUCGCAGGAUCCUUCAUCUUCAUCGACAAAGAAAAGCCAAAGUAUCCUACCGGGUUCGGCAGUUCUCUAGCCUUUGCUGCGGCUGGCAUCGUAUGUGCUUUGACCUUAGAGACUCUCUUCUGGACCAUCAACAAAAGAAAUGCCAGGUACACUGAGGUUGAGAUCCGCGAGAAGUACACCGAUCAAGAGUUGGAGAAAAUGGGGGAUCGUUCUCCUCUGUUCAAAUACUCUCUUUAAAAAGAAACAGGGAUUUGACGAGCCAAAACUUUUGGAUUAGCAUCAGCGAGGCCAAACAUCAAGGACAGAUAUAUCGUACAAAGCAGACGAGAAAAGUGAUUGUUG